ACGAGGCUGACCGGGUGUAGGACAGGGAGACAAAGGGAAGCGUUAGAGGAAACGUGAUUCCGGCGUCCUUCGAAGGCCGGUGUUCGUUGGCGUUGGGACCGUCUGCUUAUGAGUAACUCCCGCCACGGGCGUGACUCAUCCUAUCUCUAAGCCGAGAGAUCUUAUGCUGUACCACCGCCAGCUGGUUCUUAAUUCAUGCCAUGGCGCGUUGUGGGAGGGAUUCGGUCUCCAAGGGCUCUGGAGGGCCCUGGGAAGAAAAUGGAAGAAAAGGCGACGAGAGGGGUUCCUCGGAGAGGCGGAGGCUGAAGGAGUUGGUGGCUGAGCAACUGAGGCGCGAUAUGGAAAGACUUCUUGAAGAAGAAAUCCAAACCGACAUCACUUUCUGUGUUGGCAAUAUGCUGUUCAAAGCUCACAAGGCAGUACUUUUAGCAAGAGUUCCAAACUUCUUUCUGCAUGUUGUUGGAAGACAUUUAAAUGCUUGUUACAACUAUAAAGCUUUUGAUCUGGAAUAUUUGGAACCUUCAGAAUUUAAAACUUUCCUGCAGGCUGCAUAUUCAUCUGAUCAAGGCAUCACAGAGGCAGAGCAAGAGAUUCUAAAGAAAAAAGUGUCAAAGCCUGAAUUAGCAAAGGAAAAUGAAAGUCUGAAAGUCAACAGUCUACACAACGAUCAAAUAUGUAUAGAGCAGAGGCUGGGAAACCAUGAAAGGACAUCUGACCAUCACUGGCUAUCCUGCAACACAGCUGUAGAAACAGAUUGUGCUGCUUCCUCUGUUGCUGCUAGUGACAUUCCUACAGAAGCUGCUGAUGCUGAGGGUGAUGAAACUAUGUCAGAAAUCACAUCUGGCUUAGGAAAAGACCUGUUGAUGCUCUACCAGAAUUCUUGGUUUUCAGAUAUUAAUAUUUGGAUUGAUGAAAAGCCAUUUGAAGUGCACAGGGCUAUUCUUUGUGCCAGAUCUAGUUACUUUUCUGCUAUGCUGAACGGAAGCUGGGCAGAAAGCUCUCAAGAGCAUGUCACCCUUCAAGGCAUAAGUCAUGCAGAAAUGACUGUCAUUCUGCAUUUUAUCUAUGGAGCAGUUCUGGAGUUCCCCCCAAAAGUAAAUGCUGGAUAUAUACUGAGCAUUGCAGACAUGUAUGGAUUAGAAGGUCUAAGAGAAAUAGCUAUAUACAUUCUGAAAAGAGACUACUGUAACUUCUUUCAAAAGCCUGUGCCUGGGAAGCAUCAGCCUGUUCUAGAAUGUCUGGCUAUUGCCCAAUCAACAGGAGCAGAACACCUUUAUGAUGCAUGCAUGAAGUGGUUGGUACAAAAUUUUGCAAGGUGUUGGUCAGAAAAAAACUUUGCUAAUUUAUCUUCUGAGCUCCAAAAUAGUUGUCUUACUGCAUUGAUUGAUUCUUUGAGCCCACAGAAUGCAGCCCAUCUUUUGAUGGAAACCAACAGGCUGCUUACUAGUCUUCCCCAAGUGAAAUGGACUGAAACAGCUCGAACUUUGGCAUCUAGACUGCAAGAAGAAUGUAUGGCAUUUAUGGUGACAAAUUUUCCAGAAAUAAUACAAAGUGAAAGCUUUUUAGCCCUCUUACAGGCUCAGGCCAUGAGCAGUAAACCUGACCUUCUUGAUCAAGUGUUUGAAGCAGUCAAGAAAGAUGUUACUACUGAAAAUAGUUGUUGCCUUCUUAUAGCAAUGGACACUUUGCUCAGUUCUUCAAAUGUGAAAGAGAUGGGGUUUAUGUGCAGGAUCCAGGCUCUGCGUGAUAAACUGUGGAUCUUCCUGCUUCAGUCAUUUUUUGCUGUUCGACACACGGAGGGUUGGAAACUGCUGAAGGCAGCUGAUCAGGAGAGAAUACAAGCAGCUGCUGUUGACAAAGGAGAUGACAGAAGACCUACCAAAAAGCCCAUAUUCAGUAGUUCUCAGUUAAACCGAUGCUUUGCUGGAACUUGUGGUAUAAAACAUACCGCUUGGAAAGCAAGUCAAAAGGAAAACUCUUCGUGUAAUUCCUCUGCUAAUCAGGGUAAGAUGAAAUCUGAUGGGUUAGGAGCAUCUGGCCAUACCUCAGCUACCAACCGGAACAGCAGUAAUAAAGCUUUGAAGCAUGACGAUUUAAAGGGGAAAGACAGUAAAAAAGCAGUUUGUAAGAUGAUGAAGGAAUCCAAAAUGGGAGAGAAAAUGCCUUCACCAAAGGCUAGAGCUGUUAUAAAGCCCAAAGUUGAAAAUAACGGAAAUGCUAAGAUUGAAACUUUGUUUGCCAGACAAGAUUCUGACCGGGCCUUACCUUCUAGUGGGCACAAAAAUGCAGGAAGCAGCAAAAUGUCAAAAAAUCAAGAAGGUAAAACAACAGGUGCCCGUCCCAAAGUAUUCCCAGGAAUCUCAAGUGUACAGAUUAAAGCAAAACCUUUGAAGAAGACAGUUGGAAAGGAAUCUCCUUCUCUUAUGAGCACAGAUACUCUAAGCAAAUCAACCAAUUCAAGUCCAGAUCUGCGGAUGUCCAUUGAAAAAGAUGACCCCAAAGAGGAAAAAGCAGAUGAAGGCAAAAAGCAAUCAGUUUUGAAAACAAAAUCUGCUAUGAAGGUGACUAAUGGAGCCUUUUCCAAAAAACACGUUAAUGACCUUGAGGCUAAUAGUCAAAUGAACAGCGUUACAAGGAAAUGCACUGGGAAAAGCAACACUGACCAUAUACCACAAGCAGUUGUGAAGAAAAGGGGAAAUGAAGCUGGCAGUUCUAUGCCUCAACAGAAGACAAAGAAUAUAGCUAAUGCUACAAAAAACCAAAGUCUACAGGCAGAUUUGUCAAAUCCACUUAAGGCUGCCCUUUCUCCAAAACAGAAUGAAGAAAAAAGUAUGACACAACACAUGACACAGCUAGAGAAACUAACUUCACUGAAGAAAAAGGCAAAAUCUUCACAAGUAACUUCAGUUAAAGCUACUGCAAAAAUAAUAACAACCAAAAACCAAACUCAUGCAAAGAAGAUUGAAAUGACAAGCAAUAAGGAACAAAAACAGAAGAUAGUUAGUGUACUAAAGCUUUCAUCAUCAAGCCAGAAGCCUUCUAGAAGCGAAUCACCAGUUCUAAAGAACAUACAUGGAGAAGAGCAAAAGAAUUCAGAGCUUAAACUUGAAAACUCUACUUUGGGAGAUCAACCAUGUGGCAAUCACAAAUCUAGUCCAGAGAACAAACAUGAUAGUGGAACAUCUUUACUUGAAUUACAAAAGCAGAAUAUACCUAUUUUGGAAAAAAUUAUUCCCCUUGAGGAGGUGGAUUGCAAGGGAGAUUUGGAACCUUCUUGUGUUUCAGAGCUGAACGUGUCAAUGAAGUAUGAUGAAAUAGCCAAACAAAUUCAUAACAAUAAUGAGAAUGAUAAAUCUCCUAUAAAUAAAAAGAUGGAACAAUGUACUGCUAUUGAACUGCACCCUAUUAAAGGUCAUGAGAGUAUUACAUGUGGGAAUAUCAACCAGAAUACCACACAUCUGACUUUAAAUGAAAUGUUAAAAUGCAAAACACUUCCAGAGUCUGUUGCUUGCCAGAAUUUCUUGGAAACUUUAACAAAAAAUGAGAACCAUUUGGUACAAGAAAAAUCAGUUGUCUGUUUUGAUACCUUGGAAGCUGAAAAGAAUAUUAACCGUGCGAAUGGCCCAACACAUAGGCUAUCACAAACUGCCAGUGAUGGUUCAAACUGUGAACGUGAAGAGAAAAAAUCUUCUACUUCUAAAACCUUUGUGGUAGAUUCUGAAAGUGCUGACGAAUUUUCUGACAAGUCUGCCUUGACUGACUCACAGUUGGCUACAGUGGAAUCAGAACCUGCUUCAAAAUCUUACAUAGGGCAAGUUGCAGAAAAAUGCUCAUCUAAAGACACUGAUACUACAGAAACUCCAGAAAGUCAUGAAAAUUCAGAAGCUCCAUUUACUGAUCAAUGGAAUUUAGGUUCCAGUGCACUCGAUCCUAAAGAAAGUCCUGAAUCAGAUACUGGCAGUGCAACAACAUCAUCAGAUGAUAUAAAGCCAAGGUCAGAAGACUAUGAUGCAGGAGGUUCUCAAGAUGAUGAGGGAUCAAAUGAAAGGGGAAUUUCAAAAUGCAGUACCAUGUUAUGCCAUGAUUUCCUUGGCAGAAGCAGUAGUGAUACAAGUACACCUGAAGAACUAAAAAUGUACGAUACAAGUCUAAGAAUAGAAGUAAAAAUGAAAAAGGAAAACUCUGAUCUCUUUCGGGUAAUUUCAACAAGUGAUGAGGAAAUCCCUAGAAAAAAGCCUGAAACAACCUGGUUGUGUCAAAGUGUAGAAAGACAGAGUGGAUCCAGUGGGAGUAAUGCUAAUUUUGCUACUACACAAUUUCCGCAAGAAGCUGAUCAGGUUUCUUCUUCGGCAGAUGAGACAGAAGAGGAAAAGUCUGAAAAUGAAAAUGUUGUAGAAAAAAUGCCUCCAUCAGAAGUUCCUGUUCAGCAGUUCCAUGGGAUAGUGAAUCUAGCAUUUGAUGAUGCAACAGAAAAUGAUAUUGAAAGUCAAGAAUUCUCUGCCACUAAAAAUUUUAAGCGCUCUGUAUUACUGUCAGUGGAUGAAUGUGAAGAACUGGGAUCUGAUGAUGGUGUAGAGGUUCAUACUCCUCUUCAGUAUACUUUGGAUGCUGCAACACCUUCUGAUGUAUUUGAUAGCGUUUCCCAGGAGCAUCAUAGCAAGACAUUUUAUUCAAGAUACUCUCUGGAGAUUGAGGAUGGAUUCCUGGAUUGUAAGGGAGAUGACAAAGAAAGGUUGCACAAAAAUGAGAACCCCUCUAUAGAUCCUCAUGACAGUGAGCAAAAAGUAAAAGAUACUCCAGCUACUUCAGUUACAGAGCAAAAAUGCAUGGAGAAAGCUGAGAAAAUAGGACACAGCCAACCUUCCACAGAAGCUAAGUGUGAAGAAAGUAAUGGCUUUCAGUGCAAUAAAGUUUUAGACAAUGACACAAAAACUCAAGGAAGACCUUGUCACUUGGAUCUUCAUCAACGCGAUAAUACUGACUUACAGAAGAACAGCUCUACAAAACCUGUAGAUCCAUAUAAGAGUCACUUCCUGGCUCAGGAAGGUAACAUGAAAGAGAGUGAGUCAGCAUCCCCUGAAUACACUGCUUUACCUGCAGGAGACAUAGAUGAUUGUGACAGAUUGACACAAACCUGCAUGUAUGAGCAUCGGCCUCCAAAAACCCUUUCUCCAAUAUACGAGAUGGAUGUUGGAGAAGCUUUUGAGCAGAGGAUGGAGUCUGAGGUGAAUUUUCUAGAUAUGGAUUUUGAAGACCAUCAGUUUGCCGAACAGGACUGGACUCUUCUCAGGCAAUUGUUAUCUGACCAGGAAUCAAACUUGGACAUCAAAAAUUCUGUUCCCGAAGACCUGAACUUAGCACAGUAUCUCAUCAACCAAACACUAUUUCUGGCACGAGACAGUUCACAACCUCAGGGUAAAGCACAGAUUGACACUUUCAGUAAGUGGACAGAACUAAUAUCUCCACUGGACGAUUCUUCAGCAAGCAUCACAGUGGCAAGUUUUUCCUCAGAAGACUGUUCUUCCCCACAUGGGGAGUGGACAAUUCUUGAACUAGAAACCCAUCAUUAAAGUAUCUUUUUGAUACUUUACAGGACUCCUUCCCUCUUUUUCUUUCCCUCCCUCUGCAAGUAAAUAUUUUGCAAUAUUUCCAUACAAUAAAUAUUAUAUUGGUCAGGCAUGAGUGGUCCAAUUCUAACUAAAAUUUAUUUGCAGGUAAAAUCAUUUAAGUGGAUGGUUUCUAAAAAGCAUUUGCAGCCAUUUUUGUCUUGUUUUUCUUAGGAAGAAUUCUAUAUGGAAAAAAUCUUGGCUUACUGUAUUCUUACUCAUCACUCAGUCAUACCUUCCUGGAUGCUCAAUGAAUUAAAAUGGGAAUGCAAAAAAAGUAGUGCUAUCCUUUUUUCCCCUAUCAUUCUCCAUUGAGUAGCUUCUUCAAAUAAGAGAUUCACAGUGAUUAUGUCAAGAUGUGUGCCGACAGUACUUUAAAUACUAGAAAUGUAUGUUUGAAUUUGCCGGAAAGUUUUGAUGCAACUGUUUUUGAAUUUCUUUAUAAACAGCAGCAUGUGGGUUUGUUUUCUCUGACUUGAUUUUGUACCUUUUUUGUUUUGAAAAAUUUCAAUAAAUUUUUAAAUUGCUUAAAUAUAAGACAACGCAUAACUAUUACUGGAAUG